AUGGGACAUAGAGACAGACACAAACUGACUCUAGCGUCGUCCAAGCGCCGGCUUCGCCACGUCCAUCGCCUUUCCUUCGCCAAUGUGGUUUGUGUGCGCGGCAAAAACGACCUCAAAAGCAUCUCUUCGGCGCUCGCCACGCCCCUGGACACCCCUCCGACCCGGCCAGCGUCGCCCUUCAUCACUAACCACGACUCUCAAUUCCGCGUUUCUCAAAAAGGCUUUUUGCCGUUUGUGACUGCCAAAAAGGCCACGUCGACCAAUGUUUCCAUCACAACCAAGGGCGAGUCAGAGCCCGAAAACGGAGUUCAUGACGAGACUACGGAGCCUAAAACGAACGGCAAAGAACUCAUGCCGGCCCCAACUAUCACCAGCGUCACGGAGUGUCCCGCGCCAACUCCCGAAGUCGAGAUUUCUCGGGGACCCAGCACAGACUCACUGAACGACGAACUCAUGGAAUACCACCCACCCACCGCAUUCUUCUCAAUCCACGACCCAGAACAUAAAGACGAGCCCAUCUACGUAUCGUCCUUGUUUGUGCACGAGUCGAACUUUGGCGCGGACCUGGACUUUGACAAAAACUACAGAGAUUUAAAGGAGAUCGUGGUGGUUCUGUGGCUCGAGGACAGCGACGACGCAGAGCUGUUCCGGCCCUCGGUAUAUCGAGUCGAUUUGUCGUCUUUACGAUACAUUGGCCAGGAUGAAUCAACAGCCCGUCGGCAGAGCCAACUAGUCCUGUCCCUUGACGACGGUUGUUUCACUCCGGGAACUCCCUCGGCCUUUCUACACCAGGUGUCUUCUUCGUCUGGGUUACGCACACCCGCAGAGCCCUUGAAUGCCACGUCAUUUGACCAGAUGCUCAAGGUGCUCAAUAUGGAACAUCUUGUGAAGGACGCCGAACACACCCGACAGACAAUCUCGAAGGAGGUAGAAACUCUGACGCGGAAUCGGGAGCUGAUGACCAUGGCUGAACGUAGUCAGAACUACACCACUGCUGAAAUAGCCCGGAUAAAGGAAGCCCAGGCAGAAUUGGCCACCACGAAGUUCAAGUUGGACCAAAAAAGGGCAAAGCUCGUGCAGGACAUAGAAACGAGGCGUGCGUACUUGAGGAGCGGGGAAAUGCUGCAAGAUAAGGCUAGGGAGGCGCUACAGGAUGUACCUACGGAUCUGCACAAGCAAGUUCAGGACGAAAAGCGAGCUCUUUUCGAUAUCAGGAAACAGGCUCUUCAACAACUUUGUGAAAUCUUUCCUAUCACUCAUAGGAAUGGCUCGUACGCAAUUGCCGGCCUAUCACUAACCUCCCCCGACGAACACGAGCAGACAUUUGCAUAUUCUCUUACUUGCGAGCUUCUGAUGCUCCUUUCUGGGUUGUUUGAGAUUCCGCUGAAGUAUCCCAUCACACGUGUGGGCGCUCAUCAUGCCAUCUUUGACCCGGUGAGCGUGAUCACCGGAUCGCGUGCGUUCCCUCUGUUCCCCUCGUCGUUACAGUAUCGUUUCGAGUAUGCCGUGUUGCUGCUCAACAAGGACAUCCAGAUGAUUUUGGAGCUGCUUAAAAUACCCAUUGCAGAUGGACGGGAGACUUUGGGUAUGUUGGCCAUUCUUUUGGCCGUCAACAUGUAG